CGUCCCCGCCGGCUCCUGCGUCCCGUCCCUGUCCCCGCUGAGCCCCUUAGCACCCAGGUCGCCUCUUUGAUCCGGAAUAUCGAGUUGCAGCAGACGGUUGCAGGGGCGCCUGACCUGCUCGCCCCCUGGUCCUCAGCUGUCCUCGGUCCCUGGAGUCUCUGCUCCUUUUGCUGUCAGUCCCCCUGUGUCUCUCUUCUCCCCUCCCCCUCUCCACUUGCCUUGGCUUCUGCCACCCAGAGGCCCCUGUCUUUGGAGCCAGAGACUCCAGAAACUGGCGGCUUGGCCAAACCCCGCCCUCUCCGCAACCGGAUUCCCCUCCCCUCCACUCGGAGGAGCCCACCGGACAGACCACCAGAUGGGGGCUCAGCCCCGCGCAGUAACCCCAGGGCGCGCGCACACACCGCUGCCUAAGGCCAUCCACACCACACAGGCGCCCUCCACGUGCGCUGGUGAACAAGGCCUGGGGUCCUCCAGGAGCAGUGAGCUGGACUGGACAGCGAAUCCAAAGGGAGGCCGGUGGGAGGGGCAGAACCCCUGUGAGAAACCCACACCAGGUCUGGUCCUUGGGUGGUCCCACUGUAGUGCCAACCUCUCUCCUCUGUAGUUGAGCCCGGAGAAAAGCCGCUUAGGGCCCUGCUGGGAACUAGGUGUCCUGGAUUGUGGGGGAGGGGAGACAUAGGUUACUAAGGUGGACAGGGCUGUUCUGUCGUUUGGGGCACAGGCCAGUACCGCAAGGACACACGACCUCGGCUCCUCCUAGCUGCGGACGUCACGGUGACGGCUCUUAAGCUGCUAAUGUCCCAAAUCAGCGCGAAGGGAUUUAGAGGGGGGGUGGCACCCUGUUCCUGCCCUUGCAGAGGGAUACCCCCAUGCAUGAUCCUGUGCUGGGCAUUGUGCGUGCAUGGCGGCACGUGGUUGCUGAGCCCCCGACUUUGCGACGCACUCAUGGCCAUGGACGUCAUGCUGUGCACCGCCUCCAUCUUCAACCUGUGCGCCAUCAGCGUGGACAGGUUCGUGGCCGUGACUGUGCCGCUGCGCUACCACCGCCAGGGCCGGCGCCAGCUGCUGCUCAUCGGUGCCACGUGGCUGCUGUCUGCAGCUGUGGCGGCGCCAGUACUGUGCGGCCUCAAUGACGUGCGCGGGCGCGACCCUGCCGUUUGCCGCCUGGAGGACCGCGACUACGUGGUCUAUUCGUCGGUGUGCUCCUUCUUCUUGCCCUGCCCGCUCAUGCUGCUGCUCUACUGGGCCACGUUCCGCGGCCUCCGGCGCUGGGGAGCGGCCCGGCGAGCCAAGCUGCAUGCCCGCGCGCCCCGCGGGCCCAGCGGCCCCAGCCCGCCACCUGCACCCAGCCUUCACCCGGGACCCUGCGGGCCUGACUGUCCGGUGCCCGGGCCGGUCCUCCACCAGGUCUCCUGCGGACCCGGCUGCCCGCCUCUCGACGCCAUUCCUGAAGCAGAGGUCUCGCCCCAGCCCCCGACGCAGGCCCCCCAAAGGCGUGCCAAGAUCACCAGCCGAGAGCGCAAGGCCAUGAGGGUCCUGCCGGUGGUGGUUGGGGCCUUCCUGGUAUGCUGGACGCCCUUCUUCGUGGUGCACAUUACAGGGGCACUGUGUCGGGCUUGCUUCGUGCCCCCGCGCCUGGUCAGCGCUGUCACCUGGCUGGGCUAUGUCAACAGCGCUCUCAACCCGCUCAUCUACACUGUCUUCAACACCGAGUUCCGCACAGUGUUCCGCAAGGCACUGCGCCCCAGCUGCAGAGCCCCGGGGCCCUGCUGUGCUUCUGAUUAAACAGAUUCCUUGCGGA